AUGGUGGCUUCAGAUAGUUCGCACCUGUUGGGACAGGAGGAGGUCAGGGACACCGAGCCGGUUCUCGACGCCCCCGAUUCCGAUGAGGAAAUGACCACGAAUCGACCCCCCAUCCACCGGUCCGUUACGGACAGCCACUCGCAACAACCGCUACUUAAAGAUGAGCAACGGCGAUUCUCAAAUGCCAGCUUCGGUAAUGGUGCUGCUUCGGAAGGCAGGCCUAUGCUGCAUCACCAUACCCGAAGGCCGACGGUUAGGAGUAGUGGUACGGAACAAACCGCGGAGCAGGAUACUCGGCGAAAAUACAUCAUUGCAUCCGGUUUCCUCCUACUGAGUUUAGCAAGUUUUGUGAUACAGACCGAGACUGCCGUAUAUAUCGCGGGUGAACUGGGCUGGGAUAAGCCCUUCUGCAUGCUGUAG